AUGGACAUCGACGCUUCCUCUCUGAGGUCCCAACCAAGGCUAUCACCUAUUAAAGGGACUCGUCCUAAAGACAAAGAAUUCCAACGAGCUUACAAGGCCUGUAUCCCAUGUAGAAGGCGCAAAGCAAGGUGUGACUUAGGAAUCAAUUCUUCUCCACCCUGUGCGCGUUGUCGUCGCGAGCAUAGGGAAUGUGUCUUCAGUUCCGAAAGGAACUACAACUCAGUCAAGCGCCACAAGAAUGAUCAAGAUGGCCGGCGGAGCUUCACAAACAGGCUCAACCACACUCAGUACCUCGACGCAGCAGUGGACGGCCGAGGAAGCGACACUGUUGCUCAUGAAGGAGAACAUCAGCUGUCAACAGAAACGCAUUCACAAGAUGCAGCUCCAAAAGCAAAUCUGGCCAAAUCUGUCAUGCAGACUGUUGUAUCAAAUGGUAACGAUGCACUGAAUAUCCUUUUCGAAGCGGCUGCGCAUCAAGAACUCGCAGAUUAUGCCCAGUUUCCCAAAUCUCCGCCUACUAACCCAGCACCUGUUUAUGAUACUCCACGAUCUGUAUUGUCGCUUGAUACAGCAGCUUCGGCAUCACGCGUUGUGAAGCUAUCCCAGCCUAACCAUGAAACUUUAAAGCUAUGGAGUCAAACUCGAUUUGUGAUGAAUGGCUGGCUUUCAGCAGAAGAAGCUGUUACCUUCAUCGACUUGUUCUUUCAAAAUAUGUCUCCUCUCUCUCCUAUCGUGACGAAUUACUAUCAAGAUCAUGCCCAUCAUUUCCAGCUCACCACCGAAGAGCCACUUCUAAUCACUGUCCUUCUUAUGAUCUCCUCGCGCUAUCAUCUACUACCCUGUCCAGGCGCUGCUUCUAGGGGCUUCUUCAUGCAUGAAAGGUUUUGGCACCACUGUCAAAACCUCAUCCAGCGUAUCUUAUACGGACAAGAGAAAUCAUCAAACGCCAGAUCAAGGGCUAUCGGAUCUAUCGAAGCUUUACUGCUAAUCUGUGAAUGGCAUCCGCGCGCUUUACAUUUUCCACAUGAAACAGAAGGUUGGGAGUAUGUGAGCCAGAAUGAGAGCGAUGGCAAAGUUCUUGGUUCGCAACCCGUAUCUGCAACAUCAACCAGGUGGCUAGAAGACGUGAUUGAGCCGGCCAGGAGGUCUGACCGAAUGUCUUGGAUGUUACUCGGUACAGCCCUAACUCUUGCACACGAGUUAGGCAUCUUCGAUGACGAUGAAAAGGCAAUGUCCACAGUAUCGCAAAUGGAAUCCCAGAUAGACCCGGGAAAUUUUCAAUUGCGCAAGCUACGAAUGCGAAAGCUACUUUACGUGUACAUCAACCAAUUAGCGUCGAGAUUAGGAUGUUCAUCAAUGUUCCCACAGAAUCUUACUCAGGCCACAAUGGCCACUGUUACUCCGUUGACCGACAAAUGGCAGUCCCACAUGUCAUCCUGGAUCGAGCUCACCAAGCUAGUCAAAUCCGCUUCAGAGGUAUUCUUCCCGUCACCAUUGGUGACGCGCCAAUUGCUGAGUAGCGGCCGCUACAGCAGCCUCUUGGACCAUUUCAUACCUCUCUUGGAGCAGUGGCGGAGAAAACAUUUGGACUCACACGAUUUUCAGGGACCAUACCAGGAUACCUUGUUCAUCGAGUAUCACUAUGCAAGGAUCUACAUCAACUCCAUCGGUAUGCAAGCCGUGUGCCAAAGAGCUUUAUCUGAGAUGGACUCGGGACUAGAGGCAAACUCGCUUCGCACAACGCUUGAUGGUCAGGAAAAUGGUUUCAUCAACGAAGUUAUUGACGGAGGCAUUGAGAUUCUUGAAAGAACUAUUAAGCUAGCAGAGACCGACACACUUCGCUUCUCGCCCGUGCGAACCUUUCUCCGCAUAACAACCUCAUCUGUCUUCCUCCUGAAGGCAAUAAGCCUCGGCAUCCGAAAUGCAAAGCUGCAACGCGCCUUUAGCACUUUGGACAAGAGCAUACAGGCAAUGCGUAUCAGCAAUCUGGACGAUAUGCAUUUGGCUGCACGGUAUGCUACGCUUCUAGAGACGCAUGUGUCCCGUCUGCGUCGUGGAUUUGUGGCUUCAACUCAAAAGCAGUCUCGCCUCAACCAUACAGUGUCUAAUAGUGCCUCCCAAAGUGAGGCAGGUUCUCGGCAGACAAAUGGCAUAAAGUUCGCAGACGGGUCUCCUCCCGCAGCGCCGUGUGACUUUUCAACGAACGGACCAGAUAUGCUCCCACUGCAAGAGCUGUCUGCUGAUGAUUGGCUCUCACUACCGUUCGAUCCGAGCAUGGCGCCAUUUGGUGCUGAUGAAAGCUUUGGUUUUUCUGCAUUCGACGAGAAUGCCCUCGAUUUCAUCUGGAAUCUGCCAGCGGGUUGA